AUGAUGGACAAAAGAAUUAAAAAAUUAUUAUUUACUAUUAUAAUAGUCUUAUCAUUAUGGGUGUGUUUGUCGGAAUGUAAAAAAAAAAAAAAAAAAGAAACGGAUAAAAAACCCAACGAAACCGAAACGAACAUAUUUAAUUUUUUAAGAUUAUUUUUUUUCCGUAUGAUUUACGGUUUUGCAACAAUGUUCGGAGCACAAGAAGAUAUUUCGGAUUUUAUGGGUGGAAUAUUUGUUCCUCCUGGAGCCGAUGAUGCUGAGUAUAGAGAUUAUCUCGACGGAGAUCAAGUCGACGACAACGUUGAACUUGCACCGUCACCUUAA